UCCACUACAAUUUUGCCCUCAACAUAUACAUACGAUUAGAAGAAUUAAUAUUGAAAAUUAAUUCUGAUUUGGUGCAUAGAGCAUAAUCAAAUUGCCCUAGGCAACGUCAUAAAGGGAAUACGACACAAUGCCCCGCAGAAAGGCUCUCAUUAUCGGAAUCAACUACUUUGGCUCGCAACACGAGCUGCGGGGCUGCGUUAAUGAUGCUUACAAUGUACAACGGUAUCUUGUCGAAGACCGAGGGUUUUCACCAGACCAGCAGGAUAUGGUAAUUCUAACCGACGAGCAACAUAAUUAUGGGACACCUUUCUUUCCUACCGGUCACAACCUUCUCGCUGCUUUCCACUGGCUUGUGUCCUACAACAAUCCUGGUGAUUCCUUGUGGCUAUCGUACUCUGGGCAUGGCGGUCAGGUAGAGGAUCAGUAUGGAGAUCGGGAAUCGGGCUUCAAUGACACUAUCUGUCCGGUUGACUUUGAACGUAAUGGACAACUUACCAGCAGCACGCUUCACAAAGCAAUAAUCUCUCCCAUGCCUCCUUGGGCACGCCUUACUAUACUUUUUGACUGUUGUCACUCUGGUUCUGCUGUGGAACUCCCAUAUACCUAUCGCCCAGAUGCUGAUGGAAACAUCAACAUGAUCAACAACUUAAAGGAAGGAAUAAAUCUCGCCAUGCACGCCAAUAGCCUGCUCCAAGGCGGUUUCUCGGUGGAUCAUCUCGACGACGCACGUUCGCUGGUCGCUGAAGCUACCACCUUCUUCCACAGUCUGCAUCACCAGCGUAAUCAGCAGCCUGCUGAUGAAGAAGGACUUGUUGACGAGGGAUUCCACGAGAAUUGGAGAAAUGAAGGCAAGGAUGCAUGGAUGUUUAGUGGAUGUGCUGAUGACCAGACCUCGGCGGAUACAAGUAUACAGGGGCUGUCAACGGGGGCAAUGUCCUGGGCGUUCAUCAAUGUGAUGAGGCAGAACCCCCAGCAAAGCUAUAUUGAUAUCCUACAAAACACGAGACAUCUUCUGCGUCAGCAAUACUCGCAGGUUCCGCAACUAUCUGUAGGGGCCGAAUAUGACUUGAACCAGAUGGUGUCGGUAAGUUAUCAAUUGAUAUUUUAUUUUACAUCCCAGAUCAAGGCUUUAGUCUGCUGACAAAGGGUAGUUCUGAUCUUAUGAAGAACAUUCCAACGAUUUAUGAAUGGUUUCGUAUUAUUACAAGACCUUUUAUAUAGCUAGAAAUGGCUGUACUUAGCUGAAUAAAAUAAUAUUAUCCAAAGCUUUUAGUAGCUUUUGUACGCCAUUGUUACAUUCGCCGGAAGAAUUGAAACCCACUUAGUCUCGGUUGAAGCAACGGUCUAUGCGA